AUGUCUGUCCUCUAUUCAUAUUCUAUCUAUCUAUCUAUCUAUCUCAGUCUGUUCAUAUUUAUCUAUCUAUCUACUAGUCACUUCAUGAUCUAUCUAUCUUUCCGUCUUAGUCUAUUCAUAUUCUAUCUAUCUAUCUAUCUAUCUAUCUAUCUAUCUAUAUAUCUAUAUAUCUAUCUAUCUCACUUUAUCUUCCUAGCUAUCACAAUACACACACAUACACACAAACUUAGAAGUCUGUUCAUAUCUAUCUAUCUAUCUAUCUAUCUAUCUAUCUAUCUAUCUAUCAACUAUCUAUUCAUAUUCUAUCUAUCUAUCUAUCUAUCUAUCUAUCUAUCACCGUCUCUCUUUGUCUCUAACAUCUAUCUAUCUAUCUAUCUAUCUAUCUAUCUAUCUAUCUAUCUAAGAUUGCUAGCUAUCACAACACACACACACACAAACUUAGAAGGUGACAUAACUUAUAUCUAUGUAUCUAUCUAUCUAUCUCAGUCUGUUCAUAUUUAUCUAUCUAUCUAUCUAUCUAUAUAUAUCUCAUCUGUUCAUAUCUAUCUAUCUAUCUAUCUAUCUAUCUAUCUAUCUGUUCAUAUAAAUAUAUCUGUUUCAUUUUUCUUGUUUUUCCUUGUUCCACUAGGUGUUGAAAAGCUCUCCAUCAUAAAAGCGUUCUGA